AUUGUUACUUACAUAUCUAUUAUAUCUUACAGAAUGUCUAACGAGAGCAACGCACAAACGUGCGAACUUCUAGGCAAUGAAAUAAAGGCGUUACAAUCACAAUGCAAGGAGUUAUGUUACAUUAUCGAUAACAACGAACCUAUGGACAUAAGUACCAUUAAUUCCAACAAUGUCAACGGAAAGAAGUUAUGUAGCAUAGACAGUCUGGCUAAGCAAAUCCAAAACGAUGAAACACCAAUCAUUACUGAUAGUAAUGUGAACACCAGUACAUUUUUGAGUGAAAUAAAAGAUAAAAUAAUCCAAGUAGAAGAGCUUACAGCAUUUACGGCGGGUACGGUGCAAGAUGUGUGCAAUGAAAAUAAAAGAUUAAAAGAUAGCAUCAAGAUAGUCCAGGAGGCCAAGUCACGGCCGUGGGCAGGCCGGUGCCAGGUCCAGCCGGAGCAUCUGCAGCAUGCCAAGCAACGCUUUCGUACCAUGAAGACGGAGCUGCAUGGUCUCAUACAUUCACUCUUCCCCGGGGCUUCUGAUGCCAUUACAGGAGUUUUAGCAGAACUGAUUAAAGUAAGAAUGGAUGAGACUUCCAGUGGCUAUAUCCAAGUAACUCCAGAGAACUUCCACCUGAUUGAACUGCUUAAAGACAAGAACAUAAUUUCUGCCAACCCUUACAACAAGAUGGAAGUCAAAUUAGCUUUUUAGACUUAGAAGUUUGAGUAUAGAUUAUUAUACUUGAUUUACUACUUGUUGCAUUUUUAGAAUAGCAUUUAAGAAACAUAUGUCUGCAAAAAGCUAUAUAGCUAUCUAGCCUUAAGCAUUGAAGGCU